AUGGGGGGGGCAGAACGUUUUACUGAGCAAGUGGAAGCGGCUGUGGAAGCCCUCAGCUCAGACCCCGCCCAGCCCAUGGAUGAGAGCGAGUUUAUCGAUGCCUCCCGCCUGGUGUACGAUGGCAUCCGGGACAUCAGGAAAGCAGUGUUGAUGAUAAGGACCCCUGAGGAGCUGGAUGACUCUGACUUUGAGACGGAAGACUUCGACGUCAGAAGCAGGACAAGCGUCCAGACAGAAGACGACCAGCUAAUAGCUGGCCAGAGUGCCCGGGCGAUCAUGGCUCAGCUUCCCCAGGAGCAGAAAGCAAAGAUUGCAGAACAGGUGGCUAGUUUUCAGGAAGAAAAGAGCAAGCUGGAUGCUGAGGUGUCCAAGUGGGACGACAGUGGCAAUGACAUCAUCGUGCUGGCCAAGCAGAUGUGCAUGAUCAUGAUGGAGAUGACGGACUUCACCCGAGGUAAAGGACCACUCAAAAACACAUCAGAUGUGAUCAGUGCCGCCAAGAAAAUUGCUGAGGCAGGCUCCAGGAUGGAUAAGCUUGGCCGCACCAUUGCAGACCAUUGCCCAGACUCAGCCUGCAAGCAGGACCUGCUCGCCUACCUUCAGCGCAUUGCCCUCUACUGCCACCAGCUCAACAUCUGCAGCAAAGUCAAGGCCGAGGUGCAGAACCUUGGCGGGGAGCUGGUUGUCUCUGGGGUGGACAGCGCCAUGUCCCUGAUCCAAGCUGCAAAGAACUUGAUGAAUGCGGUGGUGCAGACAGUGAAGGCAUCGUACAUGGCCUCCACCAAAUACCAGAAGUCCCAGGGGAUGGCGUCCCUCAACCUCCCUGCUGUGUCGUGGAAGAUGAAGGCGCCUGAGAAAAAGCCCUUGGUGAAGAGAGAGAAACAGGAUGAGAUGCAGACCAAGAUUAAAAGGGCAUCUCAGAAGAAGCAUGUGAACCCCGUGCAGGCCCUCAGUGAGUUCAAAGCUAUGGACAGCAUCUAAGGCUGCCCCCGGCCCUCCUAAAGAUCCCUCACUGUUCUUUACCCUUGUGUAUUUGCUAAACAGAAAACUGAUGUUAGAUUCCAUAGGGAAAUAGAUUCUUGAGACCUGGCCAACCUGGUGAAUUUUGCAAGGACGUACUUGUGUUUCAGUCAUAGAAUUCAGGAGCAUAUAUCUAGCUAUAUUUUUUAUACUCCUAAAUAAUUAAAAGUAAAAAUUCCAUAACCAAAGAGACUCCCACAUGAACAUGUUAGUAACACUGUUGACCAAGUUGAGAUGCCUGUCCUCCUAGUGGUGGCAGCAGUAGGUUUGGGAGAGGGUAUCUGCCUGCACCUUGGUUCAGGGAGGGGCUUCCCCCAGUUCUGGCCACUUGGCUGGUAGUAAAUGACCAAAGACGACCCGGAGCAAGCAUCCUGGGCGUCUUAGGAGGUCCUGGAGAAAGGAACAUUCCCAGACAGGUC